ACACGUUUUGUGGCCGCACCAGUCCCACCGUCCUUCGUUGAGACAAUUACUAUAAUAAACAUAUAUAUAUAUAUAUGUAUCUAAUUGCUGUAAUUUGUACAAUAUUAUAGUAAUAUAGUAUGACUUCAUUACAAACAUCGAUAUUUUUUACCAACAUUGGAAAACAAUCGAUUUUGUGAUGACGCGAGCCUGCGAGAACUUAAAAAAAGUGUGGACGAUAUAUUAUUUGGUAGCCAAAGUAUAGGCAUUCUUGUCGUACUCUCGCGAGAGUUACACGUUAGUUUGCCAGAAACGGGCAAUUGAUAUUUAUUAUAGGACCGCAUACCUACGUUACAUACAAUGGAUAGUGCAUCGAGACCUAUUGACAGUAUUGCAGAUAAUCGCUAUUUUUGCCACAGCUGUGAUGCCGAAAUAGGGAGCGUAGCUGAUGAUUUUACAUGUCCAACAUGUCAUUUGGGAUUUAUUGAAAAAGUUGAAGAACAGCAAACUCCUGAGGAACUAGAUGAUGACGAAUUGGAUUUUUCUAAUGCACACUUUAUGGUUAAUGGAAUAUUAGGAGAUGGUGAACUUGCAGGAAGACGGAGGUCAAAUAUUCGUCGUCGUAGAUUUACAACAAGAGGUCCUCAUCUAAUGACAUUACAACCUGGAAGAGGCCCAAGGCGUAGUUCAGGUGGGACAAUUGAAAAUUUAGUAGAAGAUGUCAUUGUCAACUUUGCUGAUUAUGCUCGAUCAGGCGGAAGUCCAGUCAGUAGAUUUUUACUCGGUAAUCCUGGUGAUUAUGUUUGGGGAAGAGAUGGAUUAGAUUCAAUUGUGUCACAGUUAUUAAAUCAGAUUGAUGGAGCUGGACCUCCCCCAUUAACAAAAGAGAAAAUACAAGAAAUUCCUACAGCAGUUAUUUCUCAAGAACAUUUAGAUUUGAAACUCCAAUGUUCUGUUUGUUGGGAAGAUUUUACAAUUGAUGAAAAAGUAAUGAAACUAGCUUGUGAUCAUAUGUUUCAUAAAGAUUGUAUUAUACCUUGGUUAGAAUUGCACGGUACAUGUCCAAUUUGUCGUAAAUAUUUAGCAGAUGAUGGGUUAAGUUCAAUUAAUUCAGAUCCACUAGGAAUCAGUUUAGGUGUUGGGCCAAAUUUAGCAGCACUCAUUAGAGCUCGUAGUAAUCCGCGUACUAAUACUGAUCCAGUAUGGGGAAUGAAUGAUUAUGAUAUGGCAUCUACGUCAUCUGACUGGCCUACACAACUUGGUAUUAGUUUACCACUUCCACUUGUGUCAUCAUCAUCAGCUACACAGACUCCAGCUGCAGCAUCAGGUAUGUCCACUUAUUCAUCCGUCACAGCUAGAAACUUACGUGACCAACGGUUGUCAACUUCAACUGCUGAUGUUGAACCUAUGGAAACUGACCAUGAUCAAAAUUUACCUGCAGUGAAUAAUGCAAAUAAUUCCUAGUCUUUUCUAGUAAAAACAAGUAUGAUUUUAGUACAAUAUGAGUUUACUGUUUAAUACAUGAAAAUGAAAGAAAUAUAUUCAAUUAAUAACAAUUAAUCAAACACUUUUUUUUUAAACCAUUAAUGAAUAUUUUUAUAACAUAAUAACAAUAAUUGAUGACAAUUCAUCAUUUUACUAGUAAUUGGCAGUUUGUUAUUUCAAAAGGUAUUUUACAUAUAUAUAAUAUAUAUAUUAUAUAUCUAUAUAUGAAUUCCUAUAUAUGUGAAUUAAAAUAUAUUUCAAUUGCACUAUUUCAAUUCACCCGAGUCUCAAUUGUAAUUAGUUAUUUAUCAAAUAUUUUUAAUAUUUAUAUUAGUAGACAUUAUAAUGCUUGUUUUCUACCCAACUGGUAAAUUUCAAUUUUACCAAUUGAUUGUUAAAAUUGUUGUCUUUUUUUCAUUAUAAAACUUAAUUUAAAUUAUGUUUACUUAUCUACACUAUACAUUAUAUAUGCUAUUCAAUGUUAUGAAACUAAAAUUUGUAAUUUUAAUAAAUAAUUUAAUUUAUAUUUUAUGCUUUUAAUACUAUAAUGGGUUAAAUUUUAGAUAAAUAAAAUACAAUUUGUACAAAAUAUCAUCCAAUGUAGAUUUAGUUAAAUUUAAUAUUAUAAUUUUUGUGUUUUAUGUGUAUUAAACAAAAAUAAUGAAAAUAUGUGUAUUAGAGACAACAUUUGCUGUAAUUAUUUUGUUGAAUGUUAAAUUGUUUUAACUUCACAUUUAUAAUUUUUUCUAUUUAUUAUUUUUUAUUAAAACCACAAUGGUUUUUUAUAAAAAUUAUAUUAUAUGAUUGAUUAUUUAUUUUAUAUUUAUUAGUGAAAGCAUAUGUGUAUAGUCAUAUUUGGUUGAAUUAUUGUUUAUUAUUUUCAUGAACCAUUUUAUGAUAUCCUAAAAUGUAUUUGAAUUCUUUCGCUUAGAUAUAAAUAGAAAAUAAAUGAUUGUAAAUAAAAAUAUUUUAAAACUAAUCAA